CUGGAUGAUCAUAAUCUCCUCUGCUGCCACAGUGAACACAGAUAGACCAGCCAAGGAGAAGAAGCAGCAGCAAUGGGGAACACAAAGAGCAGCACGUUGUCCAAGGAGCUCCUGGAGGAGCUGAAGUCUAACACCAAGUACUCAGAGGCCGAGCUGUGCAGCUGGUAUCAGUCCUUCCUGAAGGAGUGUCCCGGUGGAAAGAUCAGCAAGGAACAGUUUGAGGGCAUCUACGCGAGCUUCUUCCCCGACGCCAACCCCACCGCCUACGCCAGACACGUCUUCAGGAGCUUCGACACCAACGCCGAUGGCACUCUGGACUUUCAGGAGUACAUCGUGGCGCUGCACCUGACCUCGGGCGGUAAGACCCUGCAGAAGCUGGAGUGGGCCUUCGCUCUUUACGACGUGGACGGCAACGGAACCAUCAGCAAGAACGAAAUCCUGGAGAUUGUCAGGGUAGGAGCCUCUUCUUCACCUUGCUAUCUUCUUCUUAGAUCGGUAGCCAGGCAGACACCAAAGUACACUGCAGGACUCCACGUCCACAAAGUGGCACAAAAAGCCAAAGAAGUGUCAUGGUUAACGUUAAAAAGUCAUGUGACUUGCAUGCAGUCCAUCUUCAACAUGAUACCAGCUGAUGACCAGGAGAAUCUUCCAGAAGAUGAAAACACGCCCGAAAAAAGAGCUGAGAAGAUUUGGAGCUUCUUCGGCAAGAAGGAGAACGAUAAAAUUUCGGAGGGCGAGUUCAUCCAGGGUGUGAUGGACAACAAGGACAUCCUGCGCCUGAUCCAAUACGACGAGCCUCAGAAAAUUAAAGACAAGCUGAAGGAGAAGAAACAGUAGGCUGCUGUUGCCAGUGGCCACACAGGUUUUUGUCUGGGACAAAAAGAGCAGGACUGAAACUUUAACACACGCACACACACAAACAAAAACUCACGCUCAUGCGAAGUUAGCAUUGUCUCACAAAGGUGUGUUCCCCAUGUAGGCUUGGAUCAACACGUCCAUGAUAGUAAAAACCUGCGUGGACUUCCAGUAGUUGUGGUGUCUGCUGUGGUUGUGUUGAUGCUGUGUGGGUGUGUGGGUGCGUGUGCGUGUGUUUUUAGUUGAUUAAGUAGAGAGCAACAACGCUGCGCCUCCUGAGCUCCUUAAGAAAGGAAUACGGCUCAGGUUAACAACGUUAAUCCUAUCACCACAUGAAGGUCGAAACCGACUGACUCAACCGAUGAGGCACACACACUCCCAACACACCUUUGUCUGCGACGAACACACUGACAAAUGUUCAAACAGUCUGCAAGCUGCAGCCAGCUCAAGUCAUCAGCAAAUCAGCACUCAAACAGCUAACAGGAUGGCGUCAACAGGGGUGUCCAAAGUGCUGCCUGAGGGCCUACACUCAGUUGGUUUAAUCGUGUUCAGUGAAUAAAAUGGCCCCCACAUUCUUUGUUUACUGCAUUUGGCCCUCAGUGGAAAAAAUGUGGACACCCUGGCCGACAAAGAGACUAGAAUAAUCUUUAAUAAUACGAUAGUUUGCUGUGGUUGUAGUAGUAAACAUACAGUCAAUCACACCAGGCAAUACAAAGAGUGAUUUCUCCAACAUUAAAUGUGUCAUUUAAAGAA